UGCCAGAGAGAAAGUCCUUUGUCGCCGAGGAGGUUGAUCCUAGUCAGAGCCACGUGCGCUCGCGACAAUCCAAUUUCCCAAAUUUUCUUGCCUCCACUUCUUUCCUACACUUUUCUCCUACACUUUUCUCCUCUCACUCUGCAAACACCAGUCCGGGCUCAACAUGACAUCGAAUCUUGAGGCAGACGCGCCUUGCUUCCAUCGCUUCAAUGAUCUUCCCAAGGAAAUUCGGCUUUCAAUUUGGGAAGCCGCGAUCCCUGGUCCACGAGUGAUCGAAAUUGUCGAACGCGACUUGAAAGCCUCAUACUUGGACCUCGAGCGACAGGUGAACGAAUGGAAAAAGAACCGACGACGAGUACCAGACGAGCUAGUCUCGAGUUGGAGGAGUGAUGAAGAAAUCUUGGAACGUCUGGAAAGUAUCGAAGGAUACGUUGAUGAUGGUUAUGAUAGGCGGGUUGAGCCCGCUGAGAGCCUUGCGGCUAGGCGGAAAGAGCAGCUGAAAGAGUACAGGAUAGUCGUACCUGAUGAUUAUCAACCUUUUCUAGCUUGGAUCCAGACAAAGGUUCGUCAGCCGGAAGACGAGGACGCUGAAGCGCGGCACCGCGAUGGACAAUCCACCGAGCCCGCUGUUUCUCAACCAUACUUCGACGAAGAGUCAGGUGUAGAGGACGACAUCACAUCCGAGCGAACUGACUCCGAUGCGGAUGGCUCAAAUGAGGGAUUAUUCAUAGAGGACGAUAUACGAAUAAUUGAAAUUGGCUCCUGGCACUCUGAUUCCGAAAUGGAUGAUUCCGGAGCAGACUCUUCCAUAGAAGAAGAUGGAGCACUCUCUGAGUACAGUGAUGUUGACUUUGGCCCUGAAGGCUUUGAUACGGAGGACGAAGCAGAGGAAGAAAAUGAUUCGAGGGCCACAGAAUUGGAAGGGUGUUUGAGGGCCGCAAGAUGGCGAUUUAUAACGGAGUCUAUGAAGCCAGAAGGGCUUUCUUGA